CUAGGAAGCCAAUAAGUUAGAUUUUUCCCGCCUCUUCGCGAGUGUUUAAGUCUCUGUGCAAGAAGUUGUUCAAGAAUUGACACAGGAUAUCUCUCGACUAAAGUGUUUGUUUGAAGUGUGCGCAAGAAGGACAUUCGAAGCAUGGAUUGGUGGCACUAUUUGUUUGUGGAAAGCGGUGAUCCUCGCGUCUACUCCUGGCCACUCAUGCAAUCUCCUCUCGGCAUUUUUGCCAUCAUCAGCGUCUAUUUGUGUGUGGUAUUGAAAUGGGGACCAGACUUCAUGAGGAAUCGACGACCGUUCGAUCUGAAAAUCGUCAUUGCCGCCUACAACUUUAGCAUGAUUGUCAUGUGCUCUUGGGUUAUUUAUGCAUACCAACAAGAGGGAAUUCACUUCGGCACGUUCAUGUCCUGCGUCGAGAUGGACUUCUCCGACAGUCCCACGCUCAUGCGGGUGCUCAGCAUCACUUGGUGGGUGAUGAUGGCCAAGGUAAUCGAGCUGGUGGACACGGUUUUCUUCGUGCUGCGCAAAAAGCAGAAACAGGUGUCCGUGCUGCACGUCUACCACCACGCUAGCACGCUCUUCCUCUGCUGGCUGGGGGCGAAGUACGUCGGCGUCGGCGUAGCGAUCUUCUCCAUCCUCGUCAACUCCUUCGUGCACGUCCUCAUGUACUCCUACUACUUCCUCUCCAUCUUCCGCAGCCUCCAGCACCGAUUGCGGCCGAUAAAGCCCUACAUCACCGUGAUACAGAUGGUCCAGUUCACCAUGAUCCUCGUGCAUAUCGGCGUGACGGCGUACUUCCACUGCACGCUCCCGACCGCGAUCCUGGCCAUGUACUUCCCCAACGUCGUGGUGAUCUUCUACAUGUUCUACAACUUCUACCAGCACUCGUACGUGCGUAAUAGUAAUAAAGGCAAGAAGUAGAGCACUCACUGUGUAGUA